AUGAAUCCACUGAUUGCAAAGAUUGUCCACCUCAUUCAAGUACUUCUUCCUUAUGUGAAGUAUUGGUGGAAGCUUCCGGUCGUGCUCGCUAUGGUUUACCAAUUGAAUCAACGAGAUUUUAUGUUUAGAAACAAUUUAUUCGACAGCUACUCUCUGGAAAAAAUGGGACCGAAGUAUGACUGUCAGGACCCCUUGAUAGGUAAAAAUGUAGUAUACACAUGGAUGAAUUACUGACCCAGCUUGAAACAAGAAAGAUACACCCAUGAAAAAUGCGGGAGUUUCGUCUGCCUUAAAUGGUUACUGUAGUGUAUGAAGAUGCUUAUGUCGCAAGGUGCAGUUGAAUAGUGCCUUUCUUCUUGCCCAGGAGACAAGAGGGAAGAACUCUAGCGGGGAAAUGAAUGACAGACCCGUGGAAACUCGUUAACCCUUACGGGUACCGGACAGGUUGUAUGAGUUUCUGAAAUCUUAAUUACUCUGGGGGAUCUAGCUGUAGGGAAACAUCCCAUCCAGGAUUGGUGAACACACCCCAAGUCGUCUAAAGCAAUAGAAAGCGGAGAUGAACGCCGGACGUUAUUGGGUACUUCACUUCUGAGACGCAACCUUAAUUCUGUUUCCUAAGUCAGUAGGGUCACAGUUCUGAACGUUCUGCAGCACUUCCGUUCUAUGUAGACCUAUCAUUACAAACCUAUGUUAAAUUACUAAAUCAUCUUAGGGGGAUUCAGAAAAGAGUUCACAUUUCCUUUGAAAACUAUUGCAGGUCAUAUAUCCCUGGGCUGUGUCACCAAAAAGCCUUUUCUAUAUUUGCACCAAAAGGAUGGACUCGACAUUGAAGAGUGUGUGAACCACUGUAAAGAUAAAAGAUACGCUUAUGCAGGCUUUGAUCACUAUCGAAAGUGUUUUUGUGGUGAUAAAAUCUUGAAAUAUGUGGAAUGUAAGAAGGGCAAGUCUGGAUGUGGUAAAUCUUCUCAGAUUGAAAUCUUCAGAACAAGUAAGAUAAAAUUAUUUGUCAUUUGAGUUGUAGAGGAAAGGGUGGGUCGAAAGACCUUUAAGGGAAUCACAUUGGUGACAACACUCGCUUCACAUUGUUGUGGGUCGGGUUCGCCAUUCACGCACGACAACGUGACAAAUUAUGGAUGGCUAAGUUCCUUUCGUCUCCUUGCCGUGUAAUGUUUUAGUAAGAAUGAUACAAAUAGAACUUAGCAGUGAGACAUCUUCAGAGUGAAAGCCUACGUCAAUCUCUUUGUUUCUUUUUGUCUGUUAUCUAGCAGUGUCUUAUUUACCGUAGUGCCAUUCAAAUACAUUUAUAUUUUCUCGCUGAAAGUUAUGGAGAUUUCCUUGGAAAAUUUCUCUCUAAUUUGCGUAUAGUUGUUUGAAGAUGAUACUGAUAGAAGACUUAAGUGAACGGUUUUCUUAAAAAUAAAUAAACCGGGCUUCAAAAUGUGGCGAGACAAAGAUAUACACUAGCAAGAAUGUAUACCUUACUUAAGUUCAAACGAAUAACUGUUACCGACCUUUCCUCCUAGUGUUCUGUACAGAGGAAAUGAAAUCAGUAAGGACCCAUGACGGAACCUGUAAUGACCUGAAUCAUCCGGCUUCGGGAAGCAGGUAUUACCGGUUUGGUAGAAACAUAAAUCGCACGAAGACGUUUGAGGACAAACACCUAUUUGAACCGUCCCCAAGAGAGUUGAGCAAAAGGUAGGUCAAUGGAGUAAUUAAUUCAGCCUAUACUAAGGGUGUAGUUCUUGCGAUUUUAGAACAAUUUUUCACUGAGUACUCAUCCUGGGUACCGCACAGGAGGAAUUUGCUUGACUAGGCUGGAGGCCAGGUACCCUUCCAACUGCAAAAUUAGCAACACUCACGUCUUAUUCUCCAACUUUUUCUCUCUCUUUAAGAGGUUUGCUAAUUAAACUUUUUAGAUGAAGAUGGUCUCCUACCAAUCGAUACGAAAACUGGCAUUGAUAUUGCUGGUGCGUUUGUAAUUAAAUUUUGCAACGUUACUUGAGGGAAAAUAGCAUUAUUUGUAUAGAGGCUUUUUUUGGCUAAAAUUGCAUUGACGUGGAUGGUAUGCGAUAUUAUUUUCUUUAAGUUUACACUGAUUUUAAAGAUCGCUCUGAACUUGUUUCACCGGGAUGGAUAUAGAUUAAUAACUUGACAAAUAAACAUUUUCUUUUUCCGUGGCAAUCAUGAUUACAUUAAGCUUUUGCUUUGACGACACUUGAUCGAAAUAAUCUCUCCCUUUGUGUAUCUCCGGAGGAUAAGAUGACAACCCUCUGUAAGGGUGACAAGAAGGAGUCUUAGUAUGGUCGUUUACUUACCAAAGAUUUGUUGAUUUGCUAACUGUUUCAAAGCAUUUUAUUCUUAUUGUAAAUUCAGGUUGAUGGCCAGAGACAAAUUUAUUCCCGCCACGACGUUGAACCUGUUGACCGUAGGCUUUUUACAGAUGAUGCUCCACGACUGGUUUGACCACGGACCGGUAGAUACAUCACGCAGAAUAAAGAUCAAACUCGACAAAGACGAUCCCGAUUAUCAGAAAUUCAAAGGAGAAAUGAAAAUUCCACGAACUAAAGAGGACAACUGCAAGCAAUACUCGGUAACAUAAACCAGUUGAUCAUUUUCGUAAGAUUAAGAAUCCCAUUGAGGGUAAGUAUUAUGACGAAGAAAUGACUAUUCAGAGUAGUAAUUAAGUGACAGAAUUCUCGUUUACUCCUCAUUUAAAACAUUUUUAAUCAUCUUUGAACUAGGCGUGGAGCAGACAUUGAGGACAUUGCAAAGAGAUCAAGGUCGAUGUGAAAAGCUUCCCCGAAAUGGCGGCGAAUUCCUUUACAUAUGUGGUCGUAUGGUAACGUUUCUCAGUCAUUUUGCAUGUGACAUAGGGUUUUCUACUCUUUUUUUUUGACAGAAUAAAGAUGGUCCUGCAACCUUUCAGAAUGAUGUAACACACUGGUGGGACGGAUCGCAGUUGUAUGGCAGCGAUGAACAGACAAGUGAAAAACUACGCAGCUUCAAAGAUGGAAAAAUGAAUGUUUCAGAUGAGGAUGGCCUCCUGCCAAUCGAUAAGAAAACUGGCAUUGAUAUUACUGGUGCGUUUGUUAAUUAAAUUUUAAAUGUUGUUUGGAGGAAAAUAGCAUUUUUUGUGCCAAAGCCUUUUUUUGGGGCGAAAAGUGCGUUUUCGAGGAUGGUAUGUGAUGUAAUUUGCUUUCAAUUUACAUUGAUUUUAAUGAUCGCACUGAACUUGUUUUGCCAUGAUGGUAGGGAUUAAUAACUUGAUAGAUAAAUGAUCCUCUCAGGAAAAGCGGCAUGAAAAUAAUAAGGCUUCAACGCGGUACAAGCCUGUGUUUCUCAAAUUUUUGUUGGGCGCUUCUGACACACGCAAUUGCUUAAUUGUAGCACAGCUGCGAGGAGUAUUUGACUUGAAUUUGACUCACAGUUCAUUUAGGAUUUACAACUGUUGGCGAUUUCAUUUUAGCAUAAUAGCUUAUUCAGAGCAAGAAUUGGAGCAUAAUUUUCCUGCCUUUUUGUUGGGGACUUCAAAUAGCAUGUUACCCGUGCGGUCCACGGUCGGUAUUUUAACUAAAAGAUGUUAAUCCUCUUGCUUGUGAUCAUUAGUUAGCUUAUCCCAGAGUAUUCACCUAUACGACUUGUAAUUUCUUAGGUUUUAAUCAAAAUUGGUGGAUCGGUCUCUCUCUUCUGCACAACAUAUUUACCCGGGAGCACAAUUCUAUCUGUGACAUGUUGAAAUCGCAUUAUCCUCAUUGGGACGACCAGACAUUGUACAACACUGCCAGGUAGUACCACGAUUAACUUAGCAAGCGACUUUUAGAGUAGGCGUGUUUGCUGACAUAAGUAUUAGGCGUAAUUGCCAAACAACAAUGGAUGUAAGAAAAUCAAACAUUUUGGCUGGGACUCUCAUUAAUGUGAGCCUGCGUUUUAAAUAUAAAAAGAUUACAGAAUGGAUAAACUUCUUCCAUCGCCCUCGGCUCAACUUGGUUUGUUAUUUGCAAUCCGUGUAAUUUCUUUCAUUCCUGAACCCUUUUCGCUGCUUUUUCAUUUCAGUUUUGACAAAUUGGUAUCCCUACCUAACUUCUUUUAGAGAAAGAAUAAUCCUGAGUUUCUGAAAAAAUACUUGGAGCAACACAUAGUUCUUACUUUUUUGUUAAAAAUUUUUUCGUGCUCUUUGGCUGAGAUCACAUGUUAAAUAAUCCCCAUGUAGAAAGAUGAAAUUAAGACUAAAAGGGUUGCAUUGGGUGCAGUAAAUCGAAUUACACUGAUCGGCAGGGAAGUUGCGCAAGCACAACAAAACAAAAUAGUGGACAGACUAGAAGAAAACAAUAUCAUUUUAUUAAGAAUUCGAAGAAGUAUGCAGAGAACAAAAGCUCCCGACAAAACACCGAUAACUAGCUCAGUGUGGAAUUCAUGGGCCUCUCAAGGGGUUAUGACUAGAAAACAGUAGUGAAAAGAAGGAACUGGAAGCAUAACACAAAAUUCCCGAGGAGCUUUUCGCAACAGUUCGAAAAAAAGACCCGGAAGAUUACAAGCCAUGCAGCCUCCGUGCAGUUGUUACUGCCAUUAAGCAAUGCCAAGGGAAGAAAGAGUAAAGAAUUGAAAAGCUCGGAGGACAAAAACAGAGGCAAAGUUUUGCAUGCAUUUUUUUAACAAGCAAUCGCAGGAUUUAUCUCAUGCAAUUAGGUAGACAUCAGCUCUCGCAAAUUUUCCAAACACCGCAGAUUGCGCUAACCUUACACCUUAGAGCAGUUUUUUUAAACCUUUUAGAAAUUUACUCGUGCAAAUUAAUUUCAAAAUUUUAUUAGAAAUCAUUUAAUUACCUUAGCAAAUGUGGUGGACGACAUAUUAACGCCUAUUAGUUUCAAAUGAAAGCUUUCCAUGUUCUUUAUAUAUUUCUUCCUUUUAAUUUCUCCCACUGGUUGAUCAACGCUGCCGGGCUUCAGAAAAUUCACACGGUGGAAUGGACCCCAGCUGUCUUAAACAGCUCUGCUCUCCGCAACGGAGUAUAUUUGAAUUUUGACAUGCCACUCGAAAAGGAAAUUUAUGAUUGGAUGGCUGAUCGCAAUAUCAGUGUAUCAGCGAGCGCUGAUAUACUGAAGCCUCUCGUGGGACAGCCAAGUGAGUACCAUGGGGUUCCUUUCUCCUUGACAGAGGAAUUUUCAGCAGUGUAUCGAAUGCACCCAUUUCUGCCUGAUGAUCUAUAUCUUCGAAAUGCCUCAAGUGGUAAGAGGACAGGAAAAUCGUACUCACUUCCAGAAUUUUCUUUUGCUGGGGCCAGGACCAUCGCAAAAGAGAACAGCAUGGACGACAUUGUGUUUACAUUCGGUGUGGAGCAUCCAGGCGCACUUCGUCUUCAUAACUACCCUAUACACCUCAGGAACCUAACGUUACCCAAUCAUCAGCAAGAUGGAGAGGUACAAAAAAUCUAAGGGGAAAGUUUUUCGGUAAAUAAUGGGAAGAAAAAGAAAAAGCCUGGGGUGGGAGUAUGAAGGAUGGGACAAGAGUUGAAUCAAUAACUUUAUGUAUGAAGUAGAAGAACCAAAUCAGGCUAAUUGUGCUAUCAUGAUAGACUGGAGUCAACAGCAAAUGUUAAGUGAAGAACAUAAAAUUCAAAUAAGUUUUUUGUGUGCGUGCGUGUGUGUUGGUUGUUGCUACUGCUGCUGUUUGUUGUUGUUAUUUUCUUUUAUUUUGCAUUUAGUUAUUAGAAUUAUCAUGCCAAAUCGUGUGUUUUAGGUCUUGCGAAAACGUCAAGUUGAUUUUCAACACUAUCGAUAUCUCAGUUGCGUUAUUGUAUCACCAAUGCAUGGCAAAUAAAGUCAGAGGCAGAAUAUAUAAAUUCGUGAAGACGUAACCAGCCUUAUUUACCUCUCCUUUUUUCUUGUAAGCUGCUUAUUACGAUCAAAAUAAUGUUUGAUUUUUACUGUAAAGCCACUAUUGCAUGAAGGAAGGACGAUGAGCCUCAGUGACAGUGAGGAUCGUGUCCCCAAAAUUUUCCCCCGAAUCUUAGUUAGUGAGCGCGGCCUGAUUUUAGUACAAUUUUCAUUUACAUUCGUCAUCUUUUAUCAUUUAAUAGACAAUUGACCUCGCAACAAUUGACAUAUUGCGUGACCGCGAGAGAGGAAUCCCACGGUACAAUGAAUUCAGAAGACUGAUAAAUCUCCCUCCCGCUGAAACAUUUGAAAAGCUUACAAGAAAUAAAAAGCACCAGGUGCUACUCAAGGAGCUGUACGACGGCGAUAUCGAGAAAGUAGACCUGUUGAUAGGUUGUCUUGCAGAGGACCCUUUACCAGUUGGGUGGGGUUUUGGUGAUACACCUUUCAGAAUAUUUGUUACUAUGGCCACUCGGAGAGUGGAGGCAGACAGGUCAGUGACAGUUAACUUCACAAAGAAACGUCCUUGCUUUGAUGUUUGUUCCAAACCUCAGUGAAUUAAUAAAUAAAGAUUGUCGCAAUUAAGAACACGAUACCAUUUCAUUCAUGUGUAUGUACUAUCCUGUUCGCGAACGAGCCAGACGUUCUGUCAGUAGAUUGGCCCCUUUGCGCAAUUUUAAUCGUGCGUCGAAAGUGACUCAGGAUUGCUUUGCUUUCACUGCGCAUUUGCAUCAGCCCAUCAAAUAGAAAAAUAAAACAAAUUGCGACUUGUUCACUUUUUUAAGCACGCUUCAUGCAGUUUUCUUAUCCUUGCAGUUAUGAAGUGUCACUGGUUCAUUAUUAAAUUUUUCAUUGUUCAUUUUGACCAUUGGAUAACCUUAGUUUUAGUUUUGCGACACUCAGUGGUAGCACAGAGUGAAAAAUGAGGCAGACUUGGGAGACAUUUGAAAAACGAGCAAGUCUACUAGCAAGUGGCGAGUUUGUAUUAAAAUGUGUUCACGAUCUCUCAUCUGUCUCCACCAAGAUCUUAACAAAAGAAAUCUGUUCCUACCUUUUAAUAAUUAUUAUUGAAAUAUGCUAUCUACUUUGUCACUUUUUCUCCCUGUAAAGCGAAAAGACACGGUGUCCAUAAUGGUAUGUUGCGAUAUAGGAUAGUGACAAUGGUAUUUAUUUUCCAGGUUUAUGACGGACAAUUUCAACAACGAGACUUACUCGCCCGAAGGCUUGAAGUGGAUUAAAGACACAAACAUGAGGAAAGUACUUGUACGCGCAUUUCCUGAGAUGGAAUGGCUGAAUGCAACCAUGGCUAAAACCAAGAACGCCUUUUGGCCUUGGCCUGCGGUACCUGUCGAUUCGUUAAAAAAGCGAGAAGUUUGAAUGCAACUCAACAAAACAGCUCGGGCUAUGUAGAGGGUAGAUGAAAAGUUUCUUGUGAGAUUUAAGGAACAAUAAAGAAGCCA